UUUUUUUUUAAGAUUUUAUUUAUUUAUUUGAGAGAGAGAGAAUGAGAGACAGAGAGCAUGAGAGGGAGGAGGGUCAGAGGGAGAAGCAGACUCCCUGCCGAGCAGGGAGCCCGAUGCGGGACUCGAUCCCGGGACUCCAGGAUCAUGACCUGAGCCGAAGGCAGUCGCUUAACCAACUGAGCCACCCAGGCGCCCCUAUUAUGAAAUUUUUAAAUAAUAUUUUUAGGACUAUUAGUUGUUGUAAAAUAGUAAUGAUUCUGAUAAUUUGUUCAGAAAAUGUAUUAGAGUCCUUCUCUGUCAUUUUAUUUUAUGAGUCUUACUUAUAAAAAUGUAGAACAGGAAUUUGUAUUUUAACCUCAUCUUAAAUCUGUCUUACUCUGGGAAUUUAAUCCAUUCAUAUAUAUUUCUUGAAGCAUAGUUUCUUUUUAUUACUUAACUGUCUUUUGUACUUGUUUUCUUUUUUUUUUUGCAUUUCCUUACAUUUGCUAAAUUGAUCAAGUUUCUUUUAAUGACCAUCUCUCUCUCUUCCCACUUAUAUACCAUCCCAGGUCCAGUGUUUUUGGUUGAAUCUUCAAGUCUCCUCCUGGAAUUUUUUGUUUGUUUGUUUCUCCUUAAACAUUUUAUAUACAACGAAAUAUAACUGCAAUGAAAGGCAAGAGGUUCACUUGUGUGAAGAUAUACUGUGCUCUUGAUUUGCCACCUCACAUUGAUACAUCUAAAAAUAUUAAGAGUAUAUGAAUCCAGUAACAUUUAAUUUUUACCAACUUCGUAUUGGGAAUGCAAAUUGGGAAAAGAGACAAAUUGAUUUGGCAUUAGGGCCUAUCAUUAAUUUAUUAAUAAGUUCCUUCACAGUUAGAUAAGAGACAGUAAAUCCGUCAGAGGAUUCUAGUCUACAGGCUUAGUUUGUCUUUGACUUCUUGGUAAAAGUUUCUAGCUGUGUAAAGCCCAAAACUCCCAAAAAGGUUAGAAACAAAAAUCAAGUAAGCUUAUCCCUUACAGGAUAAGGUGCUACACUGCUUUUUAAAAAAUUCUAUUUUCACAGUGGACUAGAAGAACAUUUUACCUAAAAAUUUGCUGCUUUAUUUUAUUUUUUUAAUUUAAUUUACUCUUUUUUAGAGAGAGAGAGCAUGCAAGCAGGGGCAGGGUAAGGGCAGAGGGAGAGGGAGAGAGAAUCUUAAGCAGGCUCCACGCUCAGUGUGGAGCCCGACACGGGCUUGAUCUCACAACCCUGAAUCAUGAAAUCAAGAGUCAGACGCUUAACCAACUGAGCCACCUAGGUGCCCCUCUGCUUUCUUCUUUUAUGUCAAAGAGCAUGGUGAUAGUUUGCUUUCUUUUGUCUUCACCUUCUUCUCAGCCUUCUCUUGCUUUUAAUUUCUUAAAAUCACACUCCUCUAAGUGAGCACUCUGCACAAUUAUUUUAAUAUGACAGGGCAUUUUACUAAAAUUUGUAUCAGUUACAUUCCCUCAGUGCUACCGUAUAUCUGCACAAGAAGAGUAUAGUAGAUUUUCUUAAGUUUUCCCUAAUGUGUCUUCUGUUUUAAGAAUCCUAACUCAAAAAUUAUACUUUACAGUCCUAUUAUUGGCUACAUCUGUUUAACUGUAAUCACCAGAGAUUUAUUUUUCAGUAAUACUUUCUUCUUUGUAUCCUCAACUCCUGUCUUGAGAUCUUUGUUCUUUUUUACAUUUUCACUGGAUAGGAAAAACUCCUCCAAUAAUCAUUAGCUUGAUGGUAUGCUUUUUUAAUCCUUGCAUAUCUAAAAUAUGGCUUUAUUUUGCCUUCACAUUUGAAUGAAUUUUAGUUGAGUAUACUAUUUCUGGCACAUAAUCCUUUUCUUUCAUUAUUCAUAAAUGUUUCAGGAUUUUCUGUAUUCUGGUGUUGCACGUAAGAGGCUAAUGGUAGUCUUUUUUUAAAGUUAAAUUUCAGUAAAUAUUAACAUCUCAAAUUUUAAUCACUUAUCUCUAAAAACUUUCAGUUAUGUUCUUUAGGAAAUUAAAGACAAUAUGUAAGCCACUGGUGUACAAAUACUGUGUUUAAAGUUUCUCUGCAGUGUGGCUUUGCAUAUCCAGAAAGGAGACUUUAGUGAUGAAUUCAUUUUCCUUUAUACUACGCAUGCAUUUCACACUUGCAAAAGACAAUGAUUUAUGUGAUAAACUUCGAAUUAAUAGAUAGUUACAGGCAUCACAGCAAUCUUUAUUCCCCAUCUUUUCAUUGCUUUUGCUAAGAAACUUACCUGAAAUAUAGAUGUACGUCUGUAACCUUACAUUUUUGUUUGGCAGUGUGUAAGACUUUUCCUGUGAAGUUCAUCAAAUUCUAUAUAAGUUUAUCUUUUUCUCUUUUUGGAACUAGUAUUGUUCAUAUAUUAGAUCUUGUCUUUUUUCCUCAUUAUUUUUAUUUUUUGGUAUUUUCACUCAAUGUUAUAGGAUAAUCUUCCAUUUGAUCCUCAAAAUCAUGAUUCUGGUUUUUAGCAGUAGCUAUUGUUUUUCUAGUUUUCCAUUGCAUCUUUAAUAUAAAUCCUGGGUUUUAAAAAAAAACACUUCUAGAAUCUCCUUUGUGCUUUAAUUUAUAUGGCCUAAAAAAUUCUUACUACAGUUUUAUUAAAGUGCUUUUUGUUCUGUACAUUUAUUUUUUAUUACUUAUUUUUUAAAGUAAUCUCUACACCCAAUGUGGAGCUUGAACUCACAACCCUGAAAUCAAGUGUUGAUGCUCUACUGACUGAGCCAGCCAGGCACCUCUAUUUCUUACAUUUAAUCAUUUUCUCCAGAAUGUUUGCUCUAGUCUUCCUCCCUCACGUUGCUAUAUCCCUAUUAUUUUUUGCUAGCUCUUGUCAGUAGAUGUGGUUUCUGUACAUAUCUGUCCAAGUCAGGUUGCUGAGUUCUCUAGGAUUACAGCAGAUUGAUAGGUAGUAGAAGUUGAGGUGUGGAUUUUUUUUUUUCCUUUGUUGGCAAGUUGAGAUCUCUCUGUCCUCAGCCCAGUAGUAUAGCUCUCCUUUUGAGCUGCCAGCAGCAGAAAUAAAAGAUAAGAUCUUCUACAGCUGGAUGUAGGCAGUUUAAAGGACUUAAUUUUCUCAAGCCUGUGCUGAUUACAAUAUGCUGCUCUGGGAUUAGUUUUGGAAAUGCUAUUAGCCAGUAAGAUUACUUUGUGCUUAGUAGGCAUAAACAGGGGCUUGAAAUGGUUCAGUGCACUUGAAGAGCUGAUAUGUGAAUAUCAUUGCUAUAGAAAUGUAUCCAAGUACAGAACAUUGUGAUGGUCAUUGUUCUAUUUCAGGCUCAUUAUUUAGCAAAACUCCACAAUACAGGCAAUAAAAAUAUAUUUGAUGUCCAUAAGCAUCCACUAAAUCAAAUGCUUAUUACAUAAGUCAUGGUCUUUUGAAUGUAUGAGAUAGAUGUACAUUAUAAUAGAAGAAAAUGAAUUCAUCAUCGAAAUUUUAUUUGACACUCAAAGCCAUGCUGCAGAGAAACUUAAACAUAACACUUGUACAUCAGUUGCUUUGGUUAAAGUAUUUUUAGAUCAUUGAUUAAAAAUUAAGGUGUUAGGCCGCCGCUCCUCCUCCAGUUCCAGCUGCUGCCGCCGCCGCUUCCUGGGCUGAGUCUCCAUGCGGUCUCGGCGGCUCCAGGUGUGUUCAUGCUGCCCAGCUCCUGCCUGAGUCCGCCACCGCCAUAGCUUCCCCGGGGUCCCUCCCCCGCCCCCCCACCCCCCCACCCCCCCGCUGCCGAGAUGGUGACGGGCUCCUGCUGGGAGAAGGCUCAGAAGCUGAAGGAGCAGCACCAGCUCAUCCUGCCCAAGCUGCUGAGGGAGGAGGACAAAAAGUACUGCACCGACUGUGAGUCCAAAGGUCCUCGAUGGGCUUCCUGGAAUAUUGGUGUAUUUAUUUGCAUCAGAUGUGCUGGAAUCCAUGGAAAUCUUGGGGUUCAUAUAUCCAGGGUCAAGUCAGGCAACCUAGACCAAUGUACACCACAACAGAUACAGUGCAUGCAAGAUAUGGAAAAUACUAAAGCAAGACUGCUCUCUGAAGCCAAUCUUCCAGAGAACUUUCAAAGACCACAGACAGAUCAAGCAGUGGAAUUUUUCAUCAGAGAUAAAUAUGAAGAGAAGAAAUACUACGAUAAAAAUGCAAUAGCUAUUACAAAUAAAGAAAAGAAAAAAAAAAAAGAAGAGAAAGAAAAGGAGCCAGAAAAGCCUGCAAAACCUCUUACAACUGAAAAGCUGCAGAAGAAAGAUCAGCAGUUGGAGCCCAAAAAAAGUACCAACCCUAAAAAAGCUGCGGAGCCCACUGUUGAUCUUUUAGGACUUGAUGGCCCUGCUGAGGCACCAGUGACCAAUGGGAACACAACCACGGUGCCGUCCCUGAACAAUGAUCUAGACAUCUUUGGACCAAUGAUCUCUAACCCCUUACCUGCAACUGUCAUACCCCCAGCUGAGGGGAUGCCCUCUAUACCUGCAGCUGCCACUUUGUCUACAGUAAUAUCUGGAGAUCUGGAUCUGUUCACCGAGCAAGCUACAAAGUCAGAAGAGGUGGCAAAGAAACAACUCUCCAAAGAACCUUUAUAUGGUACCGGAACCAUUCAGCAGCAGAGUACUCCUGGUGUGUUUAUGGGACCCACAAAUACACCUGCAGCUCCUGGCCUUCACGGAAAUGUGAUGGGACAGAGUGCAAGCAUGAUGGUGGGCAUGCCCAUGCCCAAGGGGUUUAUGGGAAAUGCACAAGCUAGUGUGAUGCCACUUCCUCCAAAUGUGGUUGGCCCCCAAGGAGGAAUGGUGGGACAGAUGGGUGCACCGCAGAGUAAGUCUGGCCUGCCGCAAGCUCAACAGCCCCAGUGGAACCUCUCACAGAUGAAUCAGCAAAUGGCUGGCAUGAGUAUCAGUAGUACGAACCCAACAGUGGGUUUUGGCCAGCCCCCCAACACAACAGCAGGAUGGUCUAGAAGCUCAUCGGGUCAGACUCUCAGCACACAGCUAUGGAAGUGAAAACUGCAGUGCAAGUUUCAUCCAGAACUACCACCUGACACUCCUUGCUAAAACGCAUCUAGUUCCCCUGUUUAUUCAUGUACAUAUAUUUUUUUUUUCCUCAUUUGUUCAUAUUAAGAAUUACCUGACUGACCGUGUUGGUCUGUACUGAUUAAAUUUGAUGUGAAAAGCAGGUUGAGAAACCAUUUUAUGUCAAGGGCAGCUUUGCUCAUUUCCCAUGAUUUCAUAAACCACAUUAUUUGAGAAGCUGCUCAGUCAACUUGCAGUAUCAGUUUUACUCUCAAUAAAAUUAUAGCUCUAAUAUCUGCAUAUAAGGGAAGUAGUUAUCAUGUUAGCAAUACCUCUAACAGUCUAAACCGCACCCCCAGAUUAGCCAGUAAUCCUUACGAAGGUACUGUAUGAUCAAAUGUUUAAUCAUAUAAAUAGAAUGUAAAUGUAUCACUGAGUACUGUUUUCUAGUAUAUCAAAAUUCUUCUAUUUCUUCAUUCACUUCACUGUGCUGUUGUUAUGAUGUGCUUAACAGGGAACAUGGUUAGUGAAAGGAAGAUAAACCUGGAUGUUACUACAAAACUUAGUUUAAUGAAUGUUUAAAGAACUCAAAUUUUAUCUGUCUCUCCUGUAAUUGGAUCUCUUCUUAUGUAUAUAGUGCUAAUAACAUGAAGACCUUUCUCUGCACUAUAUCCAAACAGGGUAUCUAAACAUAAAGUCACUUUGAAUCCUUGAAGGUAUAUCCAGGUUUAUGACAGUAAUUGUGUUUACGUUUUAUGGUGCCUAGUGUUGACAAAAUGUUAUAUCCCUAUAUUAAACAGAUGAAUCCAUAAAAAAAAUGUGUUAAUAUUUAUUAACAUUUAAGUUAAAAAAUCAGUUCAGUAUACUCGAAUUAUUCCUUACCACUAAAUAAAAUUAUAUUUCA